GGGAAGUGCAGGUGGGCGUGGUUAGCCGACUAUAAAUAGGCAGACACCCGGAGCGCUCUCAUAUCCUUGCUCUGGAGUUCCUGUGUGUUCUUGUCUUGGAGAGGCAGGGUGUUUACCGAUCAAUAUGGCUGAAAUGGUGGAGCAGCAGCAGCAGAAUGUGGUGGUAAGGUUGAUCAACCUCCCAUUGGUGAGCUCAACAUAUGAUAUGGUGUCCUCUGUCUAUGUGAGCACCAAGGACAACCAUCCCUACCUUAAGUCUGUAUGUGAUGUUGCGGAGAAGAGCGUGAAAACUAUCACUUCUGUAGCUGUGACCAGUGCCAUGCCAAUCCUACAGAAACUGGAGCCUCAAAUUGCCAUGGCUAACAGCAUUGCCUGUAUUGGAUUGGACAAGAUCGAAGAGAAGCUACCUAUCCUCUAUCAGCCUUCUGAAAAGGUUGUGGCUAAUGCCUCAGAUGCUGUGUUUGGUGCCAAAGAUGCUGUGAUACAGAGUAUUACAGGCGUAGUUGGUAGAACAAAGGGAGCUGUGCAGGAUAGUGUGGAGAUGACAAAGGCUGCAGUAAAUGGCAGCAUUAACACUGUUCUGGGAAGUGGUGUAGUGAAGAACAUGAGCAGCCAUGUCAACACUGCACUGACAAAGUCUGAAACUCUUCUGGAACAGUACCUUCCUCCAACAGAUGAAGAGUUAGCAAAGGAAGCGACCACAACAGAAGGCUUUGAGUUGUGCAAAGAUAAGCCCAGCUACUAUGUUCGCCUGGGAUCCCUCUCUACUAAGGCCCGCAAACGUGCUUAUCAACAGGCUUUAACCCGGAUCAAGGAUGCAAAAUGCCGAAGUCAGGAAGCCAUUGCUCAACUGCAGGACACAGUGAACCUGAUUGAAUAUGCAAGAAAGAACAUGAAUGAUGCCAACCAGAAAAUGCAUGAUGCACAGGAGAAGAUAUACAAUAAAUGGGCAGACUGGACAAAAGGCGCAGGACAGGAUGCUAAUGAUGAAAACAAAAGUGCUGAGCAGAUUGAAUCCCGUACUCUGAAUAUUGCCCGGAAUCUCACACAACAACUGCAAACGACAUGCCUUUCUCUGGUCACAAGUGUUCAAGGUCUUCCACAAAACAUUCAGAACAAAGCUCAUAAUGUUAGUGCCAUGGCUACUGAUGUCUAUCAAAACUUCCGUUCUGCCUCUUCCUUCAAAGAAAUCUCUGAUGGCAUCUUAACUACCACUAAAGAUCAGUUCACAAAAAUGAGGGAUUCCAUGGAUGAUCUGAUGGACUACUUUGUUAACAACACUCCAUUAAAUUGGCUGGUGCCAGACUUCAGCAUCAAUGACCUUGAUUCAGAAACUGAUGGAAACCUAGAUGAGGAAGAACUGCAGGAUUUCUCCAGAGCAAAUGGUCGUGUAAUAAACAAAGAAUAAGUAAUACAUGUGUUUGGAAGAUGCUAGAAGCGGUCUUUCAGAACAUCACAUGGCUGUCAUAACAUGCGUCAUAACUGAAAUAAGGUGGCUCCUAUAAAGAACUAAUAUAAAACGUAACUGGUCAGAGUUCAGACCAGAACAUGAUCGGCUUUAUAAAAGCAUAUAGAACAGAUGCACAGGAGUGUUGCACUAACACCAAUGGGAGUCACUACAAUUGCCUUUUACAGCUUACUGUCUGUCCUAAAAUACUGAAAGCUUUGUUCUAGAAUGCUUUGAUUUCUAGCUUAUUGGUGUCAAUAUUAUAUAUUAAAGAAUCUUGUUCACAGCAAAACUUGGAUAUUGCCUGUG